ACAGUAACUACGCUUUCACAGGGCAUUUGUGAAAAAACAGUCAUUGAAACAUGCGUUGUAUGUGAUUAAAAUAUAAAACUAUGUUUUACUUAUAAAAAAACUAAUUUAAUAGUACACCAGUGUUCGGGUUUGUUGUUUAAUAAGUGUCUCAAAAAAUAUAUGCCUAUGCGAAAUAAUCAUCAUUAAAUAUUAUUUAUAUAUUAUACUCGGUUACUAAGAAACUAGUUAUUUGUUUUGUUAUCCUUUUUAGUUGUGUUGUGCAAUGUUUACGUAAACAGUGGUACUAGGAGAAUUGAUUUGAAAGGAGAUAUAGAAUAAGGGCCAAUAGGGAUCACAACAUAGCAAACAGUCUGUGUUAGAUUUUGAAGUUUGAACUACAUUGUGACUCAGGACUGGUUUCAGAGGGCCGGGACUAGCGGCUUGUCAUAAAUAUGAAGAUUUAUUAAUAACUAGCUGCGCCCCGAGGUUUCACUCGCAAGAUGUUCCGCGAAAUCGCAUUCCGAGCGGAACUCGAUCGCCACAUUGUUCCCGAGUGCGAGGACCAGGCCCGCAUACUAUGUGGAGAGGAUCCAGACAAUCGGAAAAAUGCGAUCAAAGAACUGAGGGACAUGAUACUCGAGAGAGGUGAAUGUAUCCCGCCUCGGUUGGACGAUGCGUUCUUAUUGAGAUUUUUACGUGCCCGUCGUAGUAUUCCCGCACGGGCUCAUCGCUUGGUACGUUAUGCUCGCCUGGUACAUUGUAACUUUCGUUGUGUAAUAAUAGUGUUUCGAGAACAAAACCCUCGUUUAUGGAAGGACGUAUAUUGGUACGGCUUGGCCCGACUCGGGAAUAUCUUCGAAGGCGUGUUGUAUGACAGGCCGGACGUUGGACGACUUAUCAUUGGAAGAUUGGGUAAAUGGGAUCCCGAUACCACAUCAGCCGAGGAGCUGGUGAGCGGCAUGCUCCUGCUGCUUGAAGUGGGGAUCAUGCAGCCGAAACUGCAGGUGCUGGGUGGGACCGCCCUGCUGGACUGUGAUGGGAUGACGCUGUACCACAUGAGGCAGCUCACACCCACAGUAGCGGUACAGGCUAUGAACGUGAUGGGGUACUCGUUUCCCCUACACCAGCGUGGCGUGCAUGUCAUCAAUUGCUCCAGAAUCAUCGAGAAGCUAUUUUACUUAUUCAAACGUCUAGCUCCAGUUGACGCUAUCUGGAAAAACGUCUAUUUCCACGGAUAUGACAACAGUUCUUUGCACCGAUAUAUAGAUCCUGAAUGUCUACCUAAACGAUACGGCGGCUACAGAGAGGCUGUAUCGCUAGGGGAAUGGCUAACAGCUAUCAAGCAAUAUAAGGACGAUAACUUUGACAAGGAUAUGAGUAGCAUCGGAUAUGGAGUGUAAACAUUUCAAUUUGUACCAGCUUAUGCACUAUGGAUCAAAAUAAGUCAAGCAGAUUUUACAAUUUUAUAAAGAAUGUAGGCGUAUCGUCGUAUUCUAUAAAAAUGUAUUGAAGAUAUUGCGUACCUACUGUCAUAGAUAAUAUAAUACAACAGAUUAAAUAAAACUAUGUUUGACGUUAUUGAUUGUAACGAUAAUAUUCUAAUGUAAGUUACUUGUAAGUUAGGCGUAUGUUCAUUGUUCGUUGAAAAUAAAAAAAAUAAUAGAAAAAACCCAUCA